CACGGCUGGAGCUACCCCCGUUGAAAACUUAAAAGGAUAUUUUACUUAGGCCUACACUCACUCGUCAAGUUUUAGAAAUUUCCACAGAGAACCAAAAUGAAACUAUUCAUAUUUUUUGCUUUAAUUACAAGUAGCUUAUCACAAAGUAGUGAACAGAAUCCCUGCAUAUCUCCUGAUGCUCAAAAAUCAUGUGCAGUCUGUAUUGCCACAGCCAAAGAAUGUGCUUGGUGUGUUUCAGAGAUCUAUGAGCAAGAAAAUCGAUUAAGGUGUGACACAUAUGAAAACCAUUUAAGAGGAAAGUGUAUGCCUGAAGAUAUUGAAUAUCCUCAGGAUAAUUCCCAAUUAACUGAGAAUCGAAAUGUAGGUGAUGGUGAUAACCCAGAGAAUGCAGUGCAGUUACAGCCACAGAGGGCUAGAAUCAGAAUCAGGCCAAACAAACCUGUUCGAAUUCAACUGACAUUUCGUCAAGCUGAGAAUUACCCUGUAGACUUGUAUUACCUCAUGGAUUUGUCUAACUCUAUGGAGGAUGACAAACAAAAUCUUGCUAAGCUUGGAAACUUAAUUGCUGAACAGAUGUCUGCUAUUACAAAAAACUUUCGUCUUGGGUUUGGUUCCUUUGUUGAUAAAGUAGUCUCCCCGUUUGUUAGCACUCUUCCUGACAAACUAAUAAGCCCAUGCAAGACGUCAUUACUUGAAGACUGUGAAGCACCUUAUGGAUUUAAAAAUCAGCUUAGUCUAGAUAAUGAGACUGAAAAGUUUGCUAAAAAAGUACUUGAAGCUCGUGUAUCUGGGAACUUGGAUGCCCCAGAGGGUGGAUUUGAUGCUAUAAUGCAGGCAGUUGCAUGUGAGAGUGAGAUUGGGUGGAGAGCAAUAUCCAGAAGAAUGUUGGUGUUUUCAACAGAUGCAGGUUUUCACUAUGCUGGAGAUGGCAAGCUUGGAGGAAUAGUCACACCAAAUGAUGGAAAAUGCCAUCUAAAAAAUGAUUUGUACACUCAGAGUUCAGUUUUGGAUUAUCCUUCAGUAAGUCAGAUUGCCAACAAAGUCAAAGAAAAAUCUGUCAAUGUAAUAUUUGCUGUGACUAAAGACCAGGUCCCUGUGUAUGAAAAACUUAGCCAAUAUUUGGAAAGCUCAAUAACUGGUGAACUAGAACAAGAUUCUUCAAAUAUUGUCAAGCUUAUUAAAGAUAAUUAUCAGAAAAUCACAUCCAAAGUCAUUUUACGUAGUCAGAAUGUGGUGGACAAUGUCACAGUGGAUUUCUACUCCCGUUGUUUUGGUGCAGAAGAGAAGAAGACAAACGAAUGCGGAAGUUUAAAGAUUGGUGAAUCAGUGAAUUUUAGUGCCGAAAUAACCGUAAAAGCCUGCCCUAAGGAUAAAAGACAGUGGACAAAAGAAGUGGUUAUCAGACCUGUUGGUUACCAAGAAAAGUUAGUCAUUGAACUGGACAUCAUAUGUGAAUGUGAAUGUGAAAAUUCUGAAAAUGAGGAAAUAAACAGUGACAGAUGCUUUAAUGGCAAUGGCACUUUUGAAUGUGGUAAAUGUACAUGUAACCCUGGAAGAUAUGGAAAGUUCUGUGAAUGUCAAGCUGAUGAUUUAUCCAGCAAAGAAUCUGUCAAGCAAUGCAUUGAGCCUAACAAAACUGAGGUCUGCUCUGGCCGUGGUUCAUGUAUCUGUGGUGAAUGUAUUUGUGAUACUCGUUCCAUAGACUCCCUACAAACAUUUAGUGGUCCGUAUUGUGAAUGUGAUGACUACUCAUGUAAUUUCUACAAUGACCUGAUGUGUGGAGGAAAUGAGAGGGGGAAGUGUGACUGUGGAAAUUGUAAGUGCAAUGACGGCUACAAUGGUACAGCUUGUGAGUGUGACCUCAGUCUUGAUAAAUGCACAACUGAUGCUGGGCUUGUAUGCAACAACCAUGGUGUGUGUAAAUGCGGAGUUUGUCAAUGUGAUGGCCAGUUUACAGGAUUUAAAUGCGAGCAGUGUCCAUCAUGCCCAGACAAGUGCCAAGAAUACAAUCCCUGUGUCCAGUGCAAAGCUUUUAAUUCUGGGAAGAAAACAGAACAAGAAUGUGAAUUGUGUCCACGUGAAAUUACCAAAUACGACAAACUCAUAGAGCGACCAGGAGUUCAGCUUUGCCAGUUGAAGGAUGAUGACGAAUGCUGGGUUUAUUACACAUAUGAAUAUGAUAAGAACGGAGAGGUUGUAAUUAAAGUGCAAAACACUAAAGUGUGCCCUGAAGCUGUUAAUGUUCUGGCCAUUGUUGGAGGAGUUGUUGGAGGGAUAGUGGCAGUGGGACUUUUCUUACUUCUUAUCUGGAAACUUCUUACAUUCAUUCAUGACACUCGUGAAUUUGCUAAAUUUGAAAAGGAGAGACAGAAUGCCAAGUGGGACACUGGAGAAAAUCCUAUUUAUAAACAAGCAACUUCCACAUUUAAGAAUCCAACCUAUGGAGGCCAAUAAGCAAGACAAUCCAUGCUGGAUGAAUGAGGGUUGAGGUUUUCAUUGAGUGGUAGAGAUUUUUAAAAUAGUUUUGAAUGUAAAAUACAUCUUGUUUUUAUUGAAAGAACUUUACAUUUUUUAAAACUAAAUUUUUAAAAUGCUAGAAUCAUAAUUGGUCUUAAAAUUUGUACUGAUUGCUUUAUUUUACAAGAUAAAGGUGCUAUAUUUACUUUAUAUAAAAUAUGUAAUUAAUUAACUAGAGUAUGUUUGUUUGCUAUUGAAUGUUCAUAGUGCAGAUGUUGACUUCAGGUUCACUAAUCCUGUAAUGAAAACUGGCUUUCUGUGAGUGUGAAGACUAGUCUUGUAGUAAUUUAUUUACCUUGUGCCUGGUUAGUAGAGCAUUUAAGUUUUACUAGCAUUGUUGUACAUUUGAAUUGUGUUUGUGUCCAUUUUACAAGUCUGGUAAAUAACUUUUUAGAUCAUUUACAUAUUAAGGUCAUUUAUAUACAAAGCAAUAAAUAGCCUACAUAAUUAUUUAUUGAGCAUUAAUACAAUUUUUCUUGAUGAUUUCCAGUUUUUACUUGUAAUCCAAGACAUUUUUUUCUCAGAUGUAUAAUUAAAUGCUUUCUUUUCUUGUUAUUCAAUAGAAUAUACUUUUAUAGUUUCUUACUUUUGUAAUUCUUAUUUUUUAGAGCACUUUCUACAAUCACUGAGCGCAUGAUCACAAUUUCUUUCCUCUUUGAUAAAAGGAAUUUUCAUUUUCAAAACUCAAUUAUAAAGUAAUGCAUCCUUGUUAUGAGACCCAUAAAUAAAUAUUUGUUGCAAUCUACUACAGAGCUAGCUGAGAAUUAGUUCUAUUGAUUUUUUUUGGGUUAAGUUUUCAGUAUAUUUAAAAUUGACAUUAACUAUACAAAUUUAUUUGUGCAGUGAAAUUGAAAAUCUGACAAUAGUUUUAUUUUAAACACCUUUUUAAAAAAAACAACAACAGGAACUAGUCGACAGCUUCAUGUUUCAAGCUAUAAGUUUUUUGAUUGAACAACUUUUAAAUCUAACAAGCACUCUCUAUUGUCACCAACUCAGGAAUUUGUUUCUAAACUUAUUUUGUUCAGUUUCUGGCAGGCUCUAAAAUAGUUACUGAUUAAACUACAGCAUUUGUUACGUGCCUUUAUUGAAGUUAUUCCUAUUCGUGUAUUUUAUUAAUCAUUAAACUUCUGUUACAAUCUUUCACUUGUACAAUAUAUGCAACUUUUCCAUCUACUUGCCUUUAAUAGCAAUCAACUGAUUCUUUUCAAGAAGCCCAGUGAAGGUCGAUGCUAGAUUUUAAAAUGUUUGUUUCAUUCUGUUUGAGACAACUUUUUUUUAGAAUUAAAAGGGUAUAAUAUAAUGAUUCAUUUUCUAAUUGCAAAUUAUUUUUGCAUUUUCAUUGUUCUUUCAAGGUACUUAAUUUCUUACCUAGAGAAGCAAAGGUAGAUAAUUCUACUUUAAUGUAGGUGCUGAUAGAGAUUGUAAUAUUGUUCUAAUAACGAAUCACACAAGCAGCUAAGAUACACACUUUAUGUUGUCAUAUGUCAAUGCUGUUUAUAUUUUUUUAAAACUAAAUAACUAACGAAGCUUUGGAAUUUGAUUUUCACUCGAAACAUUACUAAUUUCAAUUAUCAAUUUCAGUUAAAAUUAUAAAAUAUGAAAUAUUUGUUGUAUAUCAAUUAUUCAGCAGAAGGUUUUUAAAUAGAUAAAUCAUUAAAAAAAACUUUUUUGCCUUUAAGCAGUACAAUUAGUGUUAGAAAACAGAGUUUGAUUUGUUAGCUGUAUUCAUAUUGUACAUUAUCUGCAACUAAUGUUAUUCACUUUUGCUGUGCAAUAUAUUAGUGUUUAUUUUAAUUUGUCUCAUUGCUUUUUGAGCUUAAGUUUUAUGUAAUAGAUCUGAAGUUUAAAAUCUUGCAUCAUUUUUAUACUCAAUCUUACAAAUGUCUAUGCAUGAAUCCACAUAUUCAACUCAUUAUUUAUGUUUGCUAUCUAGUCUUAUACACUGAAGUCAAAACUAGAAAUUUUCUUCUCAUUUGGAUUUUUUUUAUUUAAGGUCUUAGUAAGUGCAUUAAAACAUUAUAUUAU